AUGAAGCCCGUCGCGCUCCUCGCCGCACUGGGCAUCGCGGCCCUCGGCCCCCUCACGGGCGCGCAGGCCUCCACCGACGCCGCUACCGAGUGGAAGUUCCCCAUCGACCCGCUGUGGUCGUGGCCGACGGUGGAGGAGAACAACGCUGCCCCGCCGAGCCUCGAGCGCCGCGGUGGUGACUAUGGCCAUGGCAAGGGCCACGGCAAGGGCAAGGGCAAGGAAAAGCACGGUAAAGGCAAGGGCAAUGGCCACGGCAAGUGCAAGCCCAAGCCUGAGAAGCCGGUCAACACCACUUGUUUCCGGUACUACAAGGACUGCACCAAGGACGCCCUCACCACUUCCCUCCCGGACAUCGACUACGACUUUGGCGAGAUGUACUCUGGCAACAUUGCCAUCAACCCCUCCAAGCCCAACGACACGCUCUUCUACGUCUUCAAGCCCAAGGACGGCGCCCCGGUCGACGAGUUGACAAUCUGGCUGACUGGCGGACCGGGCUGCUCGUCCCUGUUCGGCUUCAUGCGCGAGAUUGGCCCCAUCAUGUGGGCCGAGGGCCAGAUCAAGGCCCGCGAAAACCCGUAUGCCUGGAGCAAGUUGACCAACGUGCUAUUCGUCGACCAGCCCGUCGGCACCGGUUUCUCGACCGGCACGCCCACUGCCAAGUCGUCGGCCGACGUCGCGGUCCAGUUCGCCGACUGGUUCAAGGAGUUCCAGAACAAGUUUGGAAUCAAGAACUACAGGAUUUUCGUCACAGGCGAGAGCUACGGUGGACGCUGGGUGCCCUACAUCUCUGCCGAGUUCCUCAACCGCGCGGACAAAGCCACAUACGACCUCAAGGGCAGCCUCAUCUAUUCUGCCUCCAUUGGCGACGAACUCUCGCAGCAAGACAACCUUCCCGCGCUACCCUUUGCCAAGCGCAAGCGCGACUACUAUGCGUUCCCGGACGAGAAGAUUGCCUCGCUCCAGGCGCAGGCAGACCGAUGUGGCUUUACUGCGUGGUUCGACAAGUACAUGACCUUCCCGCCCCCGGGUCCCCAGCCCGUGGGAGAAGGGCUCAACCAGGCCUGCUAUCUGUCUGGCGAGGUCAUGUUUUCGGCCGUCAAGCGAAACGUCUGCUUUGAUCAAAACAACAUUAACCGCCAGUGCCCUGUGCCAGACGACGAGGUCUUUGGCCUCUUUGGCAACAACUUUGUGCCGGGCAGCUACAUUGGCAAGACGCUCUACUUUGAGCGGCCCGAAGUGGUCAAGGCACUGCAUGCGCCGACGUCAAAGCGGUUCACCAUGUGUACCCGAGGCGUGCUGGUCGGUGCCGAUGACGCCUGGCGAAAUGACGAGUCGCUUCCCCCGACCCAGCACGUCCUCCCGCAGGUCAUCGACGCGACGCAGCGCGUCAUCAUGAUUAACGGCGACCUCGACGGCAACAUCCCGCCUGAAGGCACGCUCCUCGCCAUCCAGAACAUGACGUGGGGCGGCCAGCUCGGCCUGCAGUCCAAGCCGGCCGACACAUUCUUCGUGCAGAUGAUGGAGAGGCAGUUUAUCGACCUCACCUUUUCCAUCGGAUUCCCCCCACCCGCGCCGUUCUUCGGCGGCCAGGGCCCGAUGGGCACGUACACAAAGGAGCGCGGCCUCGUGUGGGUCCACCAGCUGCAGGCGGGCCACUCGGUACCCGAGCAGCAGGGCCGCGCAUCCGUCAUGCACCUCGAGUGGCUCCUCGGCCACCGCGAGGGCUUUGGCCCCAACGACCAGACGGCUUAUACCGACGGCGACACGCGCCCCGGGGCGCGGUUUGACUAG